CUGGCUGCUUUAAAAAAAAGGAACUUUUAAGAGUGAAUAAUUCGACUGCUCCCAACCAGAUAAAUAAGAUGGAUGAAAAUACAGCAAAGAUAAUUAACAACAAAGGCCUUAUAAAAGAUAAACUAGAUUUGCUUGGGCAGCUGAUUUUAGACAAAAAUCAACCAAUAAUUACUGAGAAAGCUAUAGAUGACUUCACACCUCUAUUCUGGAAGCUGCGUAAGGCCAAGAAGGAUCUUAAGUUCUGCGGAUAUUUGGAAUUUGCUUCAUCAGUAGUUAUCAGAGAAGUUGAAUCAACAUUCAUUUGUUCUUUUUAUCUGCUGCUGUUUCUGUUGAUGCUCAUAGUUGGUAUUCAGUAUGAGAUUAGAAGGGGUGCAGAUUGUUUGUCCGAUCCUUUUCUCUCAUUGUGCCUCAUCGAAUCUGGUUUUCUAGGAUGUAUUGUCAACACCAUCAAUCUCAUUUAUUUCGUGAGCGGAAAAAGCAAUAAGUUGGUUCAAAAAGGCAAAAAUUUACUUCAAGGAGUACUCUUUAUUAACAACUUCUUAGGCAAGUGA